AUGCCCAUCACGAUUCACAACCCGCAGCCAAACGCGCCGGCACCGCGGCGGCCGCGUGCGGUAGACAUCGAUAUGGAUGUUCCCUCAGAUUCGGAGUCGGACUCAGAAAAUGGCGGCGCAGCGGUUGAGGGCGACAUUCCCAUGCACGACGGCGAGAGCAUGCAUGUGGAUGAAGAGGAUGAAGAUGAAGAGCAGACCGAUACCAGAGACGAGAUUCUCACUCCCGGAACAGUAAUCACGUCGAAUGCUCAAUGGAUGCGUGGCCACGGCACAUACGUCCCUCCAAACACCACCUCCAUCACCUCCUCUCUUGCCGGCACACUCACCCGCACCAACAAGCUGCUCUCAGUGCGUCCCCUGAGGGCGCGCUACAACCCCGAGAUCGGUGACCUCGUUGUCGGCCGCAUCGUCGAGGUCCAGGCCAAACGCUGGCGCGUCGAUGUCGCCGCCGCCCAGCUCGCCAUCCUCCAGAUCUCUGCCAUCAACCUCCCCGGUGGCAUCCUCCGCAAGCGCACUGAGACGGACGAGCUCCAAAUCCGCAGCUUCUUCUCAGAGGGCGACCUCCUCGUCGCCGAGGUCCAGCAGCUGCACCAGGACGGUGCUGCGAGCUUGCACACCCGCAGUUUGAAGUAUGGAAAGCUGAGGAACGGCGUCUUCGUCGUCGUCGGUGGCACGGGGGGUGGUGGAGGCGUGGUGCGUUCCAAGCGCCAGCUGUGGACCAUGGAAACCUCCAACGGAGGCAGCAAGAUUGACGUCUUGUUGGGUGUCAACGGCUACAUCUGGAUCAGCAAGCACAUAGAGAGCGACGUCGCGGCUGAGGCGGCGGGCAUCAACCGCAUGGAGGAAAGCGUCAGUUCGCAAAUCUAUUCGAGCCAAAACAACCACAUCGACGUCCCCACGAUGAGGGAGAUUGCGCGGUGCAGGGGCGUGAUCCUCGCACUGGUGGAGAAUGGAGUCAAGGUGGACGAAAACACUGUGACGAGGGGAUACCACGAGGCAGUCGAGUUUGGAAGAGAGUCGGCGGACGACGAUAUUUACUUGGGAGGAGAGCGAGGGAAAAGGCUAGCUGCAGCGUUAUCUGGACGAUAG